CGCUUUCUGCUAAUGGCGCCCACGCGGCAUAAAACCACAGAAAAUACCUGAAGAAAACCAGCAAAAUAUUGAAGAAUCGAGGACUCCACUCCGACUCCGCUGCUCGUACUUACCUUACCAGUCAGUUACCACUAUUUACUUACGUACAAAGACAAACUAUGGCGUAUCAGAGUUGGAUAAUAUUAAUGUAACUUGGAUGGAUAACUCCCAAAUGGCGCGGUUAGUUGUGAGAGGCAGAGUGGGAGCAGAGGAGGACUCGGGCUGUGACUCUGAUUUCUCGCUCGCCAACUGAAUCCGUCUUUCUCUUCUCUUCUCCUCUCCUAUUUCCACCAAACCACAAAGCCAUAUUCGAUUCCUUCUCUGCCCAUUCGCUUUCUCCGCAAUUAUCUUCUCUUCCUGUCUCUCAGUCUCAGAGGUACGUCUCCAUUGUCGCCAGACCUUCCUUGCUCUCAUGUCGCUGCUCUUCCACUAUUCCGCUCCCUUGAGUGGAUCGCUGUAAAAACGAUUAAGUUUGGAAUUGACGCGAUUUGCUAUUUGGGUGAACAUAAAAUUUACUCUCGUUAACAGUAUGAUCACUCAAUAUUCACAGUGAAUGAGUUUCUGGAAUUCGAGAUUCUCAGUUCCGUUUAUUCUUUUUCCACCGUUACCGUGCUCUAUUUUUUACCGCUUCUUCUCGUCUCUCCCUCUCGCUAUCAUAAGCGUUUGUUCUUCACCGAAACGUUUCUGGAUUUAGUGAAGAACGCGCACAGGAUAGAGUACCGCACCCAUUCAAUCUUUUCCCCAGAAGAAAGAUUUUAAACAGAGAUUUGGUGCACGCGUCACGAUUCCUCUGUUUUUUUUUUUCUUGCAAAUAUUUAGCGAGUAGGUGAAGGUAAAUUGCCUUCCUUUCCGUUUCACCGAUAUUACGGAAAGUGCAUUGCCUUUCUUUCCAAGGCUGGCUUGUUACAAGAUUAUGCUCCAAAUUCUUUACAUCUUAAGCUGGCAACUAAUCCGGUGGCAGAACACAUUACACCCCGUCACAGUAUAUCUUGUCUGAUACUUUUUCGCUAGUCUGAUACCCUCCCUCCACUUGAAGACAAACCCAGAUGGAGAUGGUUCUCCAGACAAUCUUGCCAUAGUUUCUUUUUAACGGUUUAUGUCUGUAAUAGGAACCAAUUAUGGAGCAUGAGGAUAACUAUACCAAGGAUGGAACAGUAGAUAUCCAUGGAAAGCCAGCUAAUAAGCUCAAAACUGGCAACUGGAAAGCUUGCCGCUUCAUUCUCGGGAACGAAUGUUGCGAGAGAUUGGCAUACUAUGGGAUGAGUACCAACCUGGUGAACUUCCUUCAAGAACGCCUCAACAUGGGUAACGUUGCUGCGUCAGGAACUUGCUACGUCACGCCCUUGAUUGGAGCUUUCUUGGCAGAUGCCUACUUAGGCAGAUUCUGGACAAUUGCAGGUUUUGUGAUCGUCUACAUCUGUGGAAUGUCACUCCUGACAAUGUCGUCGGCUGUUCCGGGACUGAGGCCAUCUUGCAAUGGAGAUUCAUGCCAUGCCACGUCUUCCCAAACUGCGGUGUGCUUCGUGGCGCUUUACCUAAUUGCUCUGGGGACUGGUGGGAUCAAGCCAUGCGUUUCGUCGUUCGGUGCGGAUCAGUUCGAUGAGAAUGACGAAUCCGAGAAGAAGAAGAAGAGUUCUUUCUUCAAUUGGUUCUACUUCUCUAUCAACAUCGGUGCCUUGGUUGCUUCCUCGGUGUUGGUGUGGAUACAGAUGAACGUCGGCUGGGACUGGGGGUUUGGGAUUCCGACAGUGGCGAUGGCCAUUGCUAUCGUCUUCUUCUUUGCGGGGAGCAAGAUGUACAGGGUUCAGAAACCUGGCGGGAGUCCCCUGACGAGGAUUUUCCAGGUCAUCGUCGCUUCCUUGAGGAAAUUGAACAUCCAAGUGCCAGCUGAUAAGUCUCUUCUUUACGAGGUUUCUGAUUCCGAAAGCUCAAUUCAAGGCAGCCGCAGGCUGGAACAUACCGACGAGUUCAACUUCUUUGACAGGGCAGCUGUGGAAACCACAAACGAGGACUUGAAAGGCCUAUCGAAUCCAUGGAGACUCUGCACGGUGACACAAGUGGAAGAACUGAAGUCCAUCAUCAGGCUGCUACCCGUAUGGGCAAGCGGAAUCAUAUUCUCAGCGGUCUACAGCCAAAUGAGCACAAUGUUCGUUCUGCAGGGCAACACAAUGGACCAACACAUCGGCCCCAAAUUCAAGAUCCCAUCGGCCUCCCUUUCCCUCUUCGACACCCUCAGCGUCCUCUUCUGGGCUCCCAUCUACGACCGCCUGAUCGUUCCCGCAGCAAGGAACUUCACCGGCCACCAACAUGGGUUCACCCAGUUGCAGAGAAUGGGGAUCGGGCUCGUCAUAUCCACGCUUGCCAUGGUGGUGGCCGGGUCGCUGGAGGUCGUCCGGCUGCAAAUGGUGAGAGGCCAUAAUUACUACGACCUGGAGACCAUACCCAUGUCGAUUUUCUGGCAGGUGCCGCAGUACUUUCUUGUGGGGUGUGCGGAGGUUUUCACCUUCAUUGGGCAGAUGGAGUUCUUCUAUGAUCAGGCGCCGGAUGCGAUGAGGAGCUUGUGCUCGGCGCUGUCGCUGACGACGGUGGCGCUCGGGAAUUACUUGAGUACCUUGCUGGUGACGGUGGUGACGGAAGUGACCACCAAAGGCGGGAAGCUUGGGUGGAUUCCUGAUAAUCUCAACAGGGGUCACUUGGAUUACUUUUACUGGCUUUUGGCCAUUCUGAGUUUGGUCAACUUUUUUGUUUAUCUAUGGAUUGCUAAGUGGUAUACUUAUAAGAAUGCCACCGGGCGGGCACAUUGAAGAAGACAAAGAAGAAGAAGAUGAAUGCUACCAGAAACUUCUGUUGGUAAGGGUUGAUUUGGGUUAUGAACAGAGUUGCCACCACAUAAUUGGUUAAGUUUAGUGAAUGUUCAUUGCUAUUUCUUCCGUUUUUUUUUCUUUUGGUGGAAAGUUUUUCCCCCCGCUCUUCUUCUAGAAAGGUUUAAAACUGAUUGUACAGAUUAUUGUUCAACUUCGUAUUGGUAAUCUAGGUUUUGUCGCUGGACGUUCUAGUUAGCUAGGAAGUUUUUCUUUUUUCUUCUUCUUUAUCUUUCUCUUUUUUUUUAUACAUCAUAUUAGAUAAUUGGCUCGAGUUUUGCGGUGAGUUAUAAAAUAUUGGUGUAUUU